AUCAUAUUAGGAUACUGAACGAGCUAAAAACAUUAAUUAUUUGUUUAUUAGAUGGGUCUACAAUAUGAGUAUUAAGUCGGGAAAUUGACGGUUGUUAUCACCAAAAUGCACUCCUCGAGUCUAUCCUAAACAUCAAUGCACACACACGUGAUCCAUUUCGACGCAUCUCAUUGGCUACAUUCUUGGACCCAUUUUAUAUUUCUUCAUAAAAAGGCAUGACGGUACUUCAACGAAGACCAGGAACACCAUUAACAACCGAGUAAGAGAAAGUGCCUUUAAGUCCUCUCCGGGUGACUUAGUAAUGAGGAAUAGUGCCUUACCAAAGGACACUAUAUAGCCCAUCAAUUAUAACUUAGGCUCGAACCCGGGAAUCCUCGAUUACGAGACCACCGCCCUUUACCACUGAGCCAUCGCGCUUCUUUAAUAACUUUUGGCAUUGCUCGUUCCAGUUUCAUUACCAGUUUUUGUUGACUGGAUUUCUAUGUAUGAACAUGCUGAGAGCAAGUUCGUGAGUUAUGAACAGCGUAGGUUUUUGUUCAUACGACGUACAUCAUUUUAUUCCAUUUUAAUUUAGGGAACAGCUCAAUGUUGGAUAGCCAGGCAGAGAUUAUAUCUGACAACCUAACACGAGUUAAUAACCGUGAUGCCUCUUAAUUGAACACUUUGUCAAUAUACAGUCACUCACAUUACACGGUGUAUGCCAGGAAGUGCAUGAUACGCUGUCGGAAGAUGUUCCAUUUUGGGAGUGCCAUCGGCUCGAUCAUCGGACUAACCAGAAAACAAACAACCUUGCACUUAAAUUCAGUUCUUUAAAAUGCCAUUAACAGAUUUUAAUCUUGUUAAUGUGCAGAUAUUACCCAGUGAAUACUUUUGUCUUAACUAGCUUGGCACUAUUUUGUGAGACAAUCAGAUAAAUCGCAGUCCAUGAAUCUGGAUCUUCACUAGCCUAUUUCAUUACAAUUAAAAGAGUAUUAUCGUAAUGAAUGAAAGUACGGAAUCAGCUCUUUUUGCACAUCAUCAAUUUGCUGGCAAAAUAGUUUUCAUGGUAUGUAUUAUUCCUUUCCUACCUUGCAUCAUCGUCAGCAAUGCCCUGUUAGUGCUAGCAGUUUACAGACAUUACAGCCUCCGAACACCAACAAAUGCCAUUAUUGUGAGCCUUGCUAUCUCUGAUCUCCUCGACGCCCUUGUUGGGAUUCCACUGAGGGUGUAUGCAACCGUCUUUAAAUUCGAUGCAUCGUACUUCGCCGAAGAAAAUACUCCUUACUAUGCUCUACCCUUGAAUGCACUAUCUGGUGUUUCGUUUUGUCACAUUGUGGCGUUGACUGCAGAUCGAUUCAUAGCUGUUACGAAGCCGUUACGUUAUGCCAGCCUGGUGACGUUUAGACGCAUUGCCAUUGUCUUGGGAUGUCUUUGGCUUCUUAGUAUUUUGCCUAACACCGCCCGAUCUGUUAUCUCAGCGCAUGGAUCACCAACAAGUCAAGACGAGAAAGAAAGGGACUGUGGGGCACGCUUAACUGGGACAUUGAACGUAAACUUUACCUGGUUUUUAUUUUGUUUGAUCGUGAUUUCAAUGGUUGCGCUGCUUACCAUCAAUGCUUUGAUUCUUCACAUCGCAGUGAAACAAGCGAGAAAGAUUGCGAGUCAAAGAGUGAUCAUUCAGUUCCAACAGCAGCAACGCCCUGUACUAGAUGACCGAUUGAAAGCAUUUAAGACUAUCUCCCUUGUCGUGACAGUCUUCAUUAUCUUCUGGUUUCCGAUUCCCCUGUAUUUCAUAUUACGGCUUACAACCUACCUAUCGCCUUUUACUAUUAUGGUAUACAACCAUUCAUUCCUGGUAUUGCAUACAAUAAGUUUGGUUGUUAAUCCUAUCAUCUACGGCUUCAGAGAUCGGGCCUUUCGAAAGGCCUUCCAAAAUAUCAUCCGGCAAUUUUGAAUAAAGUAGUAAUCUUUCGAUGCUCGUCGUAACCCCUCUGACGCCAUUUUAGCGUGUGAUCUAUUCAUUAUCACAUCAAAGUAGCACCAUUUGUCCUGGAAGUAACUUUACAU